CUAACACUUUUACACAGGCCAUCGGUGUCCAAAGUUUAGUUCAGUGUGUUCAUUUUUAUGAAAGAGAUGAUGUAUAAAAAUAAUCCUAUUAUUUUAUUCUUUCACUUAUAAUUAGUAAUUACUCAACAACAAAAUUUGAUUGAAGUGGAUAUUGAAUAAUAUUCAGAAAAAUAUAUAUAAAUGGCUGAAGAGACGAAGGAAUCACCUGGAAAUACAGAAGAAGAUCUCAAGAUUUUCAAAACACUUUGUAUUUCAUCACCAGACAAGCUUGAGGACGAUAUGACGCAUGACGUCACAACAAACUUGAGAAGUGAAUUGGCUGUUUUGGAAUAUAAACGAGAUCGGCUGUCAACUGAACUACAAGAGAUGAAAAGUACGUUGAGAUCACGCGACCAAAGGGUUGCAGAACUCCAAAUGGAAGCUGAUCAACUGAGAGAACAAGCUGCUAGACAGAAUUCGAUUAUAUCGAGCUUGAAAAAACGAAUUCAAGAUUUGGAGGAUAGAGAAAAAAAUCUUUAUUCCACUCAUGGUCGUAAUGAAAUAACAAUUCAAAGUCUCCAACGUGAUGUCAAGUAUCAUGAAGAAAAAAACCGAGAAUAUGAAAAAAAAAUUCGCCAACUAGAACAUCACAUUGCUGAAGAAAUUGAUUUAAAAGAAAGAGCACGUUUGAAUUUGCAGGACUUUGUUCGACGACUUGCCCACGCAUUGAACACUGACUUUUGUGACAGCACUUAUCAAAGUCCCGAAAUGAUAAUUCACAAAGCUGAAGAACUUGUUCAAGAAGUUAAUAGACUUCGUACAAAAAGUACAAGUAUUGAAAGUCAUUUAACAAGUGUUGAAGUUGAAUCUAAAAGUUGUAGAGAUUUAUUAGAACGUGCAAAUAUUGAGAGAGAUCAAUUACAAAGGCAGGUCACUGCUCAAGCAGCUGAUUUAGACCGUGUUCGUCAGGACAAAGAAUGUCUUGAGAUGCAAUACAGGGUCGCUGAAAGAGAAUUGAACGAGCUCAGGGACAAAUUGGUAAGCGUAAACAGAAAUUUUUCAACGAUUACAGGAAAUGUUUCUAAUCAAGAAGUUCUUAUUUGCCAACUCCGAGAGGAUUUAAAAAAUAAAGAAGAAAAAUUACAACGAAUCCAAACAGAAAUGCGUCAUCUACUUGAAUCACUAGCUAUACUCGUAAGCACCUCAAAUAGAUUUGUGGAGUCUCAUGAAAAUUCGAUAAAAGAUAGAAUACGUGAAAUCCUUGCUGAUCACAAGGAUCAAACACUUAAAAUCCAAAGUUUGAAAGAAAAAUUGAGUUCAGUCACAGAAUCAGCAAAUCGUCAAAGUGAGUUGGUAGAAAAUACUAUGAUAAAGCUACGUAAUCUUGAAGAAGAUCGUACAGCCCUUGAGACUAAAAUCCAUAAGUUAGAAUCGGAGCUGACAAGUAGUGAGCUCUCAAGAGAAUCUUUACGACGUGAUAAACAAACAUUUCAAAUAUUUUUGGAGCGUUUGGGAAAAGCAAUGCAGAUGGACGAAAUAUCUCAGGAAAUUGGAUUGGAUCUUCAGACAGAAGCUCUUCUGGUGCGAGCCGAACAACUAGCACGACUUGAAACUGAUAAACUUGUGGACAAGACUUCGGUUGUUUAUCAACUUCAAAGGAGAGUGAGGACUUUACGUGAACAGUUACAACGAAGAGAUCUACAUUUGGACCUUUUGCGUAGGAAGCUUUCUCUUCAAGAAGACGGCGUGAGAAUUAAGUCGAUGUUACAGGCUGAAAGAGAUGAAGCAAACCUGAGGGCAAAAAAAGCUAUGAAACAAGUGGAUAGACUUCAGAUACAAUUGGCAGAAGAAAAAUCAAGGAACCGUGAAUUGAGUGCUCAACUCACAGAAGCAGCGGAUUAUAAGAUCUCAGCACUAGAGCGUAGCCGUAAAAUUGAAGAUCUCCAAAAGCGUUUGGUUGAAAGCGAAAUGUUAAGAACUCGUUACAGUAGAAAAUUAACAAUGUUGAAAGAUCAAAUGCGAACCACAACUGAAACUGCUGAUCAGGAGAGAUCAAUUAAUGACCAUUCUUUACAAUUACUAAGGGAUGAACUGGCACAGGUUAAACAGAAUUUAGCUGAGGUUACACGAAGAGAGUCACAAUUACAAAGUUUCCGGGUUUCUGUAGCAAAAUUACUUUCUGAGCCAAUCUGCACACCCGAUUAUGAAAUUAUUAGUCGUCUGCAGAAGAUAAUAACUGCUCAUCGCGAUUUUACAAUGUUGUCUAGGCGGUAUGAUGAACCAUUGGAGACAAGUCCAUCCAGAUGUACAAGCAUUCAUCCAGUACAUACAGUUCAUCCACCACGAUCUCCUGGAUCCCGCUGUACUCGUUAUGAUGAUAGUGGUUUUGCGGAUCCACCUGAUCUUCAUGAAAUUGAUGAUGAAUAUAAAAGACCUGUCAGGAGUAGUUUAUUACCGUGACCCAGGGCGAGAUUUCAUUAUUAAAUGCCUAACGCACAAAUAAAUAAUUGUAAAAAAAAAUACAACAAAGGAUGAUGUGAUGUGAAGUUAAAAGAUUGGGCAAAGUGCAAUAUUUUUUAGAUUUAUCAAAAAUGUCCAAUUUUCAUAUCUGAAGUGUUCAAUUGUUAUUGAUAAUUAUAAUAAACAGCAAAAAAGUAUGUCAGUAAGAUAAUAAUUAGCAAUCAAUUGGACUAUUAUAUAUUACACUUGCAUUAACAAGUAUUACAAUAACAUCUGAUUAUAAAUAAUUUUAAAAAAUAAUUAAAAGACAUUUAAGGUGGUUCUAGUGCUUAGGGGCACUUGGAGAAGGCCUUCAAAAAUAAAUACUUUAAAAAAAUAUUCGGUUGGGUAUCAAAACUUAGAAGAAUAUAACGAAUGAAGUUGGAUUUGCAGUAUUCAAGUGGUACAACCACAUUCCGGGAUGCAGACGAUCGUGAGGUAGUCAGACGACCACGAUGUAAUGUGUGUAUAAGAGAGGAUGCCAUGAAAUGUAAGGAAGUGUGAGAGACGAAGGGACCAAGCGUAAAACGAAGCAAGAGAAAAGGACUGAAGAAGAGGAAUAAAAAGAAAAAAUAAAAUAAAUAUAAAAAAAAAAAAAAUACCAACGAGCAAGCACACGGUGGGAAUAAGUGAAGAAAACAAUUCUUGACUGCUUUAAAGUUCACCAUAAAAGUUUCACUACAUAUUCCUAUAUUGUAUUGUGAUUUAAUGUCUCACGGUAUAGAGGAAUUAUAAGCUAAUAUCCUGCUAAGAUGAAACUCUGAUUAACUUUCUUCAUGAAUCAGGAACAAGCGAGGUUUUAUUACAUCCUUGUAACAGUUAUUGAAAAUAAUUAAAAUUUAUUUUAUUAUUUAACGAAUGUGAUAAAUUUUAUUUCUAAAUAAUCUUUGUCGUCGAUGAUACGGAAGUAGAGAUAGAUAUUACCUUAUCAUGACGGAUUAAACAUGCUUGCUUAUAAAACUAUGUCCAUGAUGAACAAACCAGCAGAACAAUUAAUGACUCGAUUUUGUGAAAUGUUUGACUUGACAUUCAAUGGAACUGUUCAUUGCGCAAUAUAAUAUAAUAAAAAUGAAUUAAGUUUUAAAUCAGAUAUUUACUUAGUUACUUUGUAAUCUUAUUCUUCUUAAUAAAAAAAAAUUAUAUUUGUUGAAUAAUCAGAAUGUUCAUCAACAUGGGGGAAAAAUAUCCUUUAUUUUCUUUAAUCUAGAAAACUGGAAUAUCUUAAUUAUCAUCAACAUAUGGUUUGUGGAUAAUUGAUACCAUUAAUCAAUAAAUUAUGAUAACGACAUUUGCUAAAGUCAUAUUGGUGGUCGAAGACAACUUCGUU